AUGCCGCCGCCGCCGCCGAUGCCGCUAAACCAACAACACAUCAAACCCCAGAUAGAGUGCCUCCCAAGAGUCCCCAGACUCCGGCCUCCAAUUCCUCAAAUUCCACAUCCGUGGUGAUGAGUGUUGAAGAGAAGUUCAGGAUCGUGAGGAGUGUUGGGGAAGAGUGUAUUCAAGAGGAUGAGUUGCUAAACCUUCUCACCAAGAAGCCCGAACCUGUUUGCUACGAUGGGUUUGAACCCUCCGGUCGAAUGCACAUUGCCCAGGGUAUUAUGAAGAUAAUCAGUGUCAACAAACUGACUUCUGCUGGUUGCAAAGUUAAGAUCUGGGUCGCAGAUUGGUUUGCACUUUUGAACAAUAAAAUGGGGGGCGAUAUGAACAAAAUUGAAACUGUUGGACAGUACAUGAUUGAGAUAUGGAAAGCGGGAGGGUUAAAUCUCCAAGGUGAUAAAGUCGAAUUUUUAUGGUCUUCGGAAGAAAUUUGCUCCCGGCCGCGUGACUACUUCCCUGUUGUAUUGGACAUUGCAAGAAAGAACAGCCUUGCUAGGCUAACGAGGUGUGUCCAGAUUAUGGGUCGCAGUGAGCAGGAUGAGUUAAAGGGAGCCCAAAUUUUCUACCCAUGCAUGCAAUGUGCUGAUAUAUUUUUCCUUAAGGCUGAUAUCUGUCAACUGGGCAUGGAUCAGCGGAAAGUGAAUGUCCUUGCGAGAGAGUAUUGUGAUGACAUCAAGAGGAAAAACAAGCCUAUCAUAUUGUCUCACCACAUGCUUCCUGGCUUGCAGCAAGGGCAGGAGAAGAUGUCAAAAAGUGAUCCCUCAUCUUCCAUCUUUAUGGAGGAUGAAGAGGCUGAAGUAAAUUUGAAGAUAAAGAAGGCAUAUUGCCCCCCGAUGGUAGUUGAAGGGAACCCAUGCCUGGAAUACCUGAAAUACAUUAUCUUCCCAUGGUUUCACGAAUUCAAAGUUGAACGUGGCCCUGACAAUGGUGGUGAAAAGACCUUCAACAAUAUUGAAGAACUAGUUGCAGACUAUGAAAGCGGGCAAUUGCAUCCUGGUGAUCUGAAACCUGCUCUAUCAAAAGCAUUAAAUAAAAUAUUGCAGCCUGUACGUGAUCAUUUCAAGAAUGAUCCUGCUGCCAAGGAGCUAUUGAAAAGGGUAAAGGGUUACAAAGUUACGAGAUGAUGUGGCCUUGAAUACCGUACACAUUUUUCUGUUGGAGGCUGUCUUGGGUCUAAAUUGAAUUUUGCUUCUCUUACUUGCUUGAAGCAGUACAUGUUUUUAUUAUUAUUAUUAUUAUUAUUAUUAUUAUUAUCUUUUGGUCCCUACUUGGAACAAGACAUUGACUCAUUCUCUGUACAGAGUACUUUUUAGUUCUUUUAGAUUUGAUUACAUUUUUUAUUAUGGAACUCGGCAACGAUGUGACCAAGGUUACUUAGUAAAUCCCUUUCCAAACAUCUGGGUUCAGUGGAGACAUUCUUUAAUCAUUUGGAUAGUGAAACUUAUUUUUCCUCUCUUGGAUAUUAUCAGCAUUUUGAGGUUGUAAACACUAGUUAUGUUAAAUAAUUUCGAUACAACUUAUAUCUUUGCAUGGUAAGACAACCCAAAUGACAGUAAUACAUCUUUACUUUUGGAAGAUAA